UCUUUUUAAUUAUAAAAAAUAUUUUCAGUUUGAGAAAAAUAGUGAUAUGAAAAUAUUGAUAUAUUUGCGACUUGUAAAAGGAAAUCAAAUAAUGAAUGAUUGCUUACAACAUUAUGGCUUUUUAAAACCUUGUGUUUGGGAUGAAGAUAAAACAAAAGGAUAUUAUUCAAAUCGUGAAUACUCACCACCAUCACAUUCAGAUAUAAAAAGACGAAAAAUUGAAUCUGACCAAUAUUUUCGGAAAUACACUGUCGAGUUACUAAAUGAUGUCAUUUCUGGUACUCAUACGCCAAAUUUUAUGGUCAAAAAAUUGAUGUACAAAGUACCAGAAUCAUAUCACGAUCAACCUUUUGCAAAGUACUGUGUUGCUGCUUAUUACACGUAUUUGGUUACUGAUGAUCCUAUUUUAGAUCAGAUAUUGCAACUAGUUGAAAAAUUUAUUACCGAAACCAAUAAUGUGAAGUCCGAAUUUUUGCCUUAAUUCAAUAAAAAUAUAAUUCCGAUUUGAUUAAAAA